AUGUGUAACAGGCCUCAACAGAUGCCGUGGGAGCUCCAGGACUGGGAUGGCCCUUCAGAGCUGUCUCCUGUUGAGAGUAUAAGGGAGCAUGUUCUGUGGGGGUUCAGUCAAUAUUUUCUUUUUCAGGGGAUGAACAAUCAGUACGUCCGCCGGGAGGUCUUCUGCCGGAACACCUGUCACGAGCUCAAACGCUUCUGGGAAAGGGAAAUUGGCAAACAGACUUACUACCGAGAAUCAGAAGAACAUCGCCUGGGAAGAAGUGCACUGAGAAAGCUCAGGGAAGAAUGGAAGCAGAAAGUGGAAACAAAGCUGAGACUACGCAGCAAUCCAGAUGAGACAGAAAAGCAGGCUAACGUUGGCCAAGAGCUUCAUUGACACAAGAGGAUACAAAGCACUGAGGUCAUUCUGCCAGGACAAGCCAGUGCAAAUCCCUUAGUCCCUUUGCUACACCAUACAUAUCCCAUACUGUUGUUUCCCCCACCUGUGAGGGGAUCUACCUGUGAAUCCUUCUCCAGUGCUGAGUGGGAAUUAUUAGCCAAGAUAGUCUUCUCUUCAUGGGAGCCAGAAUAUUAUUCCCUGUACCUCUAAAGAUGGAAUUAUCUAACAUCAAAGCUCUAUGCAGAUUACUUUAUUUCCAUAUUAUCUUCUAAUUUUGAAAUCCCAAUAUUUGAAAUUCUAAGUACACAAGGUGGGGGGGGGGGGGGUGAUGAUUUUUACAGUCAUACUGGGUUGACCAAAAAGUUCACUCAGGCUUUUUGAUAACAUCUUAUGGAAAAACUCAAAUGAACUUUUGGCCAACCCAAUACUUUAAACAUUUGCACGGUAGUUUUGCUCUACAUUUCCCCUAGGAAACAGAUCAUGUAAUCCUUUCUCUUGUUUUCUUUUUACAAGAGAAAUGCACCUGUCUGCAGCAAUAAAAAUAUUGUAAAUAGUCAUUCGUAUAAGGUUUAUAAAUUAAUUGAUCUAAUACUAUGUUUUCUUCACAUGAGUUUAAUUGGCUUAUUCAAAAACAUGUUCACAUAGAACCACUCAAUAAGAUUAGGAUAAUUUUAAUAUAACUUGGCUGCCAUGCCAUUGCUGGCAUGUGUGCUCUUUGUUUUGGCCAUUCAGGCAUGCAGGAUCUUAGUUCUCCCAACUAGGAUCAAAUCCACGCCCCCGCAGUGAAAGCGAGAAGUCUUAAUCACUGGACCACUAGGCAAGUCCCACAUGCUCUUCAUUUUCUUGCUUUAGAUCUCCGCAUGCUGGCAGCUCAGCUAAGGUGUAUCUUGCCACCCCAACAAAGUGUCUGUCACAUAGAUUCUGGACUUCCCAAACAGGGCAAAGGGGCAGAGAGAUAGAUGUAUGUUGUAAAGUGCUUGAUGGUUGUAGGCAGCUAGCACCUGCAAAGCCUUACAUAUUCAAGCAGCAGUGCUACCAGGAGACACAGCGAGCGAGGCAAGGCAAUUCUGAACAGAGAAAGUGAGGUGUUCCAGUCCUCUAAAUGCCCUGAUACAUCACAAAGUGCUUCCAUUAACAUCCUCAGGGGACCCAGAUGGGAAUCACCAUCUCAAUGGGAGGCAAGAAGAUUUAGGGGAGCAUUUCCUCAGAUUACACUUAUAUGAUACAGGAAACAGGGCUCAGAGCCCUUCUCCCUGCCAUGGUCUCUCAUUCAACCUGGGAUUCAAUUCAAUGAAUAAACCAUGAAUCUCAGUUGGGAUCAUUGAGAGCAUUCUGAUGAAAGAUGAAUUUUUGUUGGAUGUGAGAGGGAAAGUGAAAGUGUUAGUCACUUAGUCAUAGCUGUGUCACUACUCCAUGGACUGUAGCCCACCAGGCUCCUCUGUACAUGGAAUUCUCCAAGCAAGAAUAUUGGAGUGGGUAGCAUUCCCUUCUCCAGGGGAUCUUCGUGAUCCAGGGAUUGAACCUGGUCUACUGCCUUGCAGGCGCAUUCUUUAUUGUCUGAGCCACCAGGAAAGCCCCUAAGAGGGAAAUAGAAGUUAAAAAGAAGGAGAAGAAAAGACAGAACUUGCAGGCUCUGUCUAGGAGGCUCUUAGAAGCAAAGGCCUACCAUCACGAACUGCAAAAUGCUGCUGCUGGAAUGUAAAUGCAAUCAAGUGAGGCAGAAAAUGCAGGUGAAAAUUUGUUGUGGAUUUUCUGACUCAUCACAUGCCCAGCACUGUGCUAUAAAUACAGCAGAAAAAAAAAAAAAACAGAAGUGAUGGCUCUGGAGGCUACAAGUCUAGGGAAGAAGAGAGCAGAAAAGCCAAGGUAAUAAGUAUGAAGAACUAAACAACACUGGGAGCCACAGCAGCAAAGAUGCCCACCUGAUAUGGGGACCCAUUCUGGCCAAAAGAGGGCUUUUUAAGAACAGGCUAGCUAAGCCCACCUGGGCAUGAUCCAGUGAAGGUGAAAUUCAGGACUCAGGUCCUGGAGGUCUUGAGGGAAUACAUUUAGCUAAGCUAGAAUGGGAGUGAGGAGAAAUGUAGCAAGAGCUGAAUCUGAGGAAAUCAGCAUUCGGGGCCUUGCUGGCUGAGCAUCUGAGCUUUUCCCAAGGGCCAGCCACUGAAGGGUGCAACUGAAGGGUGUUGGCCAGGGGAGUGCCACAACGGACAUGGUUCAGGAGGAUUACUUUGCACAGAAAGAUGGAAGGACAAGGGUGGGAAGGAAAGCCAAGAGCUUCUGCAGAUGCCUCUCAAGAGGCAAGAAGGCUCACACGAAAUCCUCAGUGCCCUGGCAACAACGACUAGGGGGAAGAGGUGGGGAGAGAAGCAUGAGUGCCUUUCUCACCGUACUAGACACUUGAAGUCCAAGAUCAAAGUGGCAGCAUGGUUAGUUUCUGAUGACAGCUCUUUGCUGUCUUAUAGAUAGCCACUUCUCACUAUGUCCUCACAUGGCAUAGGAGAGAGAAAGGGAGAGAGAGAGGGUGAGAGAGGAAGGGAAAGAACAAGCUCUCAGGUGUCUCUUCGUGUUGUUGUUUAGGAGCUAAGUCGUGUCUGACUCUUUGUGACUCCAUGGACUGUGGCCUGCCAGGCUCAUCUGUCCAUGGGAUUUCCCAGGCAAGAAUACUGGAGUGGGUUGCCAUUUCCUUCUCCAGGAGAUCUUCCUGACCCAAGGAUCGAAUCUGUGUCUCCUGUAUUGGCAGGCAGGUUCUUUAUCACUGAGCCACCAGGAAAGCCUGGUGUCUCUUCUUCAAGGACACUAAUCCCACCAUGAGGGCCCCACCUGCAUGACCUUAUCUAAACCUAAUAACCCCCCAGAGGCCUCAUUUCUAAAUACCUGUCUCUAUGAAGGGUUAGGGCUUCAGGAUAUGAAUUUGGGAAGGGGUAGGAUUUGGGGGAUAGGGAGGACACUGCAGUCCAUAGCAGAAUGGGAUGCUUUCAAUCUGGGUAUGAAGUCCUGGACACAGCCCAUUUAUCAAACUGAUCAGGACCAAACAGCAAAAACUUUGAUAACUAAACUACGGCAUGGAAUGGCAUAGGUUUCAAAUCGACCUCUGGGUAGCACACAAGCAACAGACCACAAAAGCACUGCAAAGGCUUUGAAAAGUAAUUGAUAUUUAAAACAUAGCCCACAAAAGUGGGCCAGGACACGCAUUCUUAACAUAAAUAGAUUGACUGCCUAUUAAAAUACUUAUAUGAAAAGGAGAGCCUCCUAACCUUGUACUCAAAAUGUCCAGGAUACAGUCCAAAAUUACUCAUACCAAGAGUCAAGAAAAUAUCAACUCAAAUGGGAAAAGAUAAUCAACAGACAGUACUGAGAUGACAUAGAGGUUGAAAUUAUCUGACGGAUUUUAAAGCAGUUAUAUAAACACUUCAACAAGUAAUUACAAGAGCUCUUUAGGCAAAUGGAAAAAGUAAAAAAAAAUCAGCAAAGGAACAAUAGAUACGUAGAAGAACCAAAUGGAACUUUUAGAAAUGAAAGCUUUCACAACCAAGGCAAACAAACAAACAACAAAAAUAACACUGGAUGAGCUCAAGGGCAGAAAAGAAAAUAUAGAGAAAAGGAUCAGUGAAGUUUCAGAUAGUUGAUAAAAUUAUUUAAUUUGAAGAAGAAAGAGAAAACAGUUUUGUUUAAUUUUUUUUUUUUUUUUUUUUUUUGGCAGUGCCACAUGGCUUGUGGGAUCUUAGUUCUUCAACCAGGGAUUGAACCCACACCCUCUGCCUUAACCAUUGGAUUACCAGGGAAGUCCUGAAUAUAGUCUUCUAAAAAAAAAAAAAAAAAAAUAGCAGAGUAUCAGGACCUAUGGGACAAUAGCAAAAGAUAUAAAAUUUGUGUCACUGGAGUCCCAAGAGGAGAGGAUGCCCACUUUCACCACUUCUAUUCAACACAGUACUAGACAUCUAGUGAGAGCAACUAGCCAAGAAAAAGAAAAUAAAAGGUUUAUCUUUGUUCUUAUAUGACAUGAUCUUAUAUCAAGAUAACCCUAAAGAUUACACACAAAUACAAAAUAAACUGUCAGAACUAAUAAUAAGUGAAUUCAAAAAAGUUGAAGAAUAUAAAAUAUACUCAAAAAUCAGUUAUAUUUAUAAUGUACCAAAAAUGAACUAUGUGAAAAAGAUUAUGAAAACAAUUCCACUUGUAAUAGCAUCAAAAAAAAUAAUAUACUUAGGAAUUAAAUUAACUAAAGAGGCAAAAAGUUUUGUACACUUAAAAGUACAAAAUAUUGCUGAAAGAAAUUUAAAAGAUACAAAUAAAUGAAAAGAUAUCUCAUAUUUAUGGUUGGAAAAAUUAAUAUAGUUAAGACGUCAGUAUUAUCCAAAGCAAUCUAUAGAUUCAACGCAAUCUUAUCAAAAUCUCAAUGGUGAUUUUUACAGUAAUAGAAAAAUCUGCUGUAAAAUUCAAUGAACUCCAAAUAACCAAAACAAUCCUGAAAAAGAAGAAAGUUGGAGGUCUCAUAGUUGCUGAUUUCAAAACUUUCUACAAAGCUAAAGUAAUCAAAACAAUGUGGUACUGGCAUAAAGACAGACACAUAGCCCAAUGUAAUAACAUAGAGAGCCAAAAAAUAAACUUGCAUAUGUGGUCAGAUGAUUUUCAACAAGGGUGGCAAAACCAUUCAAUGGGAAAGGAUAGUCAUUUCAGCAAAUGGUGCUGGGAAAAACUGAAUAUUGACAUGGAAAAGAAUGAAGUUGGACAUUUAUUAUACCAUUUACAAAAAUAAACUCAGAAUGGAUCAAAGACCUAAAUAUAAGGGCUAAAACUAUAAAAUUCUUAGAAGAAAACAUAAGGGGUAACUUUAUGAAUUGAAUUUGACAAUAAUUUCUUAAUUUGACUUGGAUAUGAUGACAAAAGAAAAAAUAGAUCAGUUGGGCUACAUCGAAAUAAAAAACUUCUGUACAUAAAAGGACACAAUCCAUAGCGUGAAAAGGCAACCCAUGGAAUGGGUGAAAAUAUAUACAAAUCAUAUAUCUGAUAAGGGUUUCACAGCCAGAACAUAUGAAGAACUAGAACUCAACAACAAAACACAAACUACCUAAUUCAAAAAUGGGUAAUGUAGUUAAGUAUCUAUAUUUAAGUGGAAAUUCAACAGAAAUCUCCAAAGAAAAUAUGCAAGUGGCCAAAAGCCCAUUAAAAUAUGCUCAACAUCCUUAAAUCAUUAGGGAGAUGCAAAUCAAAAUUACAAUGAGAUACCACCUCACACCCAUAAGAUGGCUACUAUCCAAAAAACAGAAAGUAAGUAUUGGUGAGGAUGUGGAGAAAUUGAAAUCCUGUCUGUUAGUGGGAAUGUAAAAAUAGUACAAUUGUGAAAAACAGUGUAUCAGUUCCUCAAAAAAUUAAAUGAAGAAUUAUCACAUGGGCCAGCAAUUCUACUGCAUAUAUACUCAAAAGAAUUUAAAGCAGGAUGUUAAGCGGUAUUUAUACACUUACGUCCAUAGCAGCAUUAUCCACAGUAGCCAAAAGGUAGAAGCAACCCAAAUAUCCAUCAACGAACGAAUGGAUAAGCAAAAUACGGCAUAUCCAUACGAUGGAACACUAUGGAGCUUUAAAUAGGAAGGAAGGUCUGACACGUGGUACAACAUGAAUAAACCCUGAGGACAUUGGGCUAAGUGGAAUAAGCUAGUCAGGAAGGAACAAAUACUGUAUCCCACCAGACUUGCAUGGAAUGGGGAAGGAGCAGUUUCCUCAAAUAAAAGGCGGAAAGUGUACUGAGCAGAAAAGAAUUUGUCCUCAUAGAUCCAAGGGGACCAUGACCAAAUGGCAAACACCCACAGGACCUCAACAGAUCUGUGGUCACAUUCCCACCCUUAGCUGUUCUGAGCAGCAUCUGCUCAGAGCUAAACUCAGAGAAGUUCCUUUCUGGCUUUCCUUUCCAAAUCUGUGGUUCCCACAGCAGCCAGGCUUAUACCGCAGAGCCUUGUCCUGACUUGGGUUCAGAAACGAGCGUGGUGCAGACCCAGCAGACAUUUCCCCAGGGUGAGGUGGGGUGGAUCAAGGAAGAAUCCAUUUCCUUCUGAGAAUCUGAAUGAAUACCAUGGAAAUCUGAGAGCUCCAGGGGCCACCAUGGCCUCAGACUAUAAAGUGGAGAAGUCUAGCUGCUCAGAAAUAAGAGGGAAGCAGAUGCCUGGAGAAAAACAUUAGGGGUGAAAAAAGUGUCCUCCAGGGUUCUCGGCGGCCUUCCACUCCCAGUUCUCAUCCUUCCCAGGGUCUGACUGCUUACCCAACUUGGGCUCCAUAAGGUACUGAUGCAUCUGUAUAAUAAAUUCCCUUUUCAAAGCUGCCUACACAUUUCUCUUAUUCACAAAGUUAUAAACAAUAUGGAUUAAAGGAGACUUCAGGACUUACCUGGUGGUCCAGUGGUUAAGAAUCCACCUGCCAAUGCAAGGGACACAGAUCCUAUCCCCAGUCCGGAAGGAUCCCACAUGCCGCGGAACAAUUAAUCCUUUGUGUCACAACUACUAAGCCUGUUCUACAGCCCGUGUUCCACAACAAGGGAAGCCACCGCAAGGAGGAGCCUGAGCACCACAACAAAGAGUAGCCACCGUUCACCAGAACUAGAGAAAGCCCAAGCCCAGCAGUGAAAACCCAGUGCAGUCAAAAAUAAAUAAAUAAAUAUUUAAAGGAGAUUUCAGAGUCUGGAUCAGGGAAUGGGGCUGUUCUGUAGAGACUGGGCCUCCCACAUCGCCUGUGAAGUCUGCUGGGACCUGAGGUCCCAGAUGUGUGCAGUGCUCUAGAAUGCCAAGUUACACCUCUAAAGGGGAAAGAGUCAGUCUCAGAAGUUUGGUGCUAGAUUGCCUACUGGAAGGAGAACACCCAGAGUCCACUCAACUCAUGGACUAAAUUCUGCAAACAAAACUCUCCCAAUUCUAUCUCAAGGGCAGCCUAGAUACCGUGGGUUCUCCAGAGCAGUCCCGAUUUCGAAUGUGUUGCCAAUAUCUGCUCCUGUGUCACCAUUUUUGGUGAAGAAAUGUGGUCACCAUAAAUAUAUACCAACAGGAUUCCAAGGAUUUUUCAAAGACAUCUCUCGUGGAUUCUCUUGGCUCAGCAAGUAAGUACUAUGCAUACUCUGGAUAAAGGAAUUAGUGAUCAGAAGCUACUGGACAGGGGAGCAUGUAUUCCACAGGGCCCAGGGAGCUGGUGCUGUUUGUUCUGAAGCCACGAAGCACCUGAUAAUUUGUGUCGGGCUAACUUUCUGUAUUAUAACAUAUUAAACAUACAGAAAGAGAAUUCUACUGUGCAUAAUUCUAGCUAGAUGACCUUAAUUAUUUAUGAGCUUCAGUUUCCUCAUCUUUAUAAUACAGUUAAAAAUUACUUUCUUCAUAAGUAAAGUACAGUGCCUGACAUAUCAUAAGUUAUGGUAGGCAAAUAGAUGGUGCAAAAUGGAGGUGUAAAGCAACUGAAUAGAUUGCUAAACUUCUAAGAAGGAUAAUUUCUAGAGUUACAAAUAGGCUUCAAGUGAGUGCUCUUAAAGGCUGUUCCCACAUUUAAAUGCUCAAGAUCAAAGUAUUCUUUCUUCUAAGAUUUUCCCAGAAAGUUUCUCCUCUCCCACUCCUAUCUUCCGCCACCCCCAAUCACAUUAUCUCCAUCAAUAGUGCCCCAGUCGCUCUGUUACUCAGAUUAGAAUCUAGUCACCCUGGCUCUUCUCUCUCUCAAGCCUUCCAUCUAAACCACUCACCAAUCCUGCCAGUUCUACCUUCAAAAUUCACAAGGUUCUUAAGUUCAUAAGGUUUAGAAUGAGACCACUACACCCUAGUUCAAAGGUGACAGUAACUUUAACACAAUUAAAAUUUAUCAUCUUUAUACUGCUUAAUUUAUAAGAGAAGGUCAGAGCCUCCCACUCCCCUCCAAGGACACCUUCUUUGGGAAGUGCUGCCCCCUUUCCAUGAGUGAUGGUUCACUUAGGAUGGGUGCAAGGGAGUUGGGUUGGUGAGCUGUAGGUCCCUCAGGAAGCGUGAUGGAAGUGGUACUUUUUAAAUAGAGUCUGAAACAGAGAAAGAAUCCUAUUUCCAGGCCAUUGCUCAGAUAUUCUGGAGCACUACCUCCUCAGGACACUUUUUAGAUACUCUAAAAAGGGAUAUCUUAGGACCUUCUGUUUCAGUGUGUAUCUGGUCUCCUAAAUGGGGGAUAGAGACUCGGCAGAAGUCUUGGCUAGUUCCAUGCUGGUCUAUGACCCAUCAGAGAGAAUGAUGAAUUCAGUCAAGGAGGUGAUGAGUGGGAAAAAGAGGUCUUGGACUUGGAGAUCCCAUUUCUAUGGGGACAGGUUUUAUGGGUGUGCUGGCAGGUGGAACAGUUUGUGAACGUUGCAUCUCUGAGUAUUAAAAAGGGAUGUCUUUCUUUGGAAAUACCCCAACAUUGCUGACUGGGUGGGGCUCUAACCUAUUCCCAGGCUGAACAUGUCCCAAAGAGAUUUUUAUUGAUUGGUAUGGUUUAGUUUAGUUUUUUGUGAACCACAUGAAUAUAAGCAGAAUGAAAUUCUUCUUUUAGGACUGAUCAUAAAAUUAACUUGUCAUGUCCACCUAUGUGGAUGCAACUUAUCAUUUUUAAAGUUCCACUGGAAUUCUUUUCUAGGAAAAAAACAUGUUUAUGGAAUCUUGUAUAGUGCUUGAAAAUAAUACCUGUAUGACAUAGGAUUAGUUUGUUUGAGGUCAAAAAAGAGGCUUAAGGGAUGAAUCAGGCCCUGAAGCCCAGCUCCCAGGCCGUCCUGUCCUUCUGGCUUGUGUCCUCUCAGAGAUCUGAACAGUCCUAGAUGUUGUUCUUUGGAAAUGAGCAGGCACUGCUUCCUUUUCUCUAAUCUGUGGAAAGGUCACCAGGAUGAUGCAUCUACCAGGUUGAAGACCAGCUUUGGGAGAACUUGAAAAACAAACAGUGGGCGGAGACCAGGAAAGGAAGGUUCCAGCUACAUGGUCUGGCUGUGGGGAAAGGGUAAGGUAAGUUGGGGCCAGGAAGACCCAGGGCCCACCUUAGAGGGCUCUGAGGCUGAAUGUGAAAGCAGAAACCUUGGCUGCCUUGGCAUCCAGUACAGCCCUAGGGUCUGGAACAACACUCGUAAUAGGUUAUAAGACAUACAACUUACCUGUUGGAUGAAUGAAUGGAGCAUUCACACAAGCACAUUGCUCUAUGAGAAACUCCUCAACAACAUCCCAUUCACAGCAGGGCCGAGGAGGCUGAACGGUUGUCACCUCGGGCAACAUUUGCUCCCCCUUUCAGCAGAGAACUCACUCAGCUUGUCUGAAUUAGUUCACAUAAAACAGGCUGCUGUCCGUGGCUAAGCUUCAGAGGCUUCUCCUUUUUACAAGGGCACUUCCUGACCAGGAAGAUUUCAUUAUUUCAUAACUGUUCAAUUGGUUCGAUUCAGCCUAUAAAAUGAAGGGCAUUACAGCAGCCUGAUGCUUCUAGAACUUUUUCACAUGUGUCCAGUCCAGCUGUGCCAGGCCUGAGCCCACCUCGGUGCGCCCUGCGGCUUCUCAGCUGGCUUUUCCCUAUUAAACAUAACUGUGUAUAUAAGCCCUGAGUGGCUUUAGCGAUGGGUGGUCACUGUUCCUUGUUCAUGAAGCGGCCCAGUUCAGAUCCUUCUAGCCCCAGAAAGCUACCUUGGAGGACAGCUCUAGAGUCUAAUGAGGACUUGGGACAAGAAGAGGGAAGGGUACAAAGAAGGCAGAGAACAAACUGAAGGAAGUAAAGUCCAUGAAUUAGAGAGAGAGUACAGUUUUUUGGAAAGAAUCCUGCAAAGGGUUUAGAAAAAUUGAUUCCCAAUCUGAUACAUCACACUGACAGGCCAGCCAAAUAUAUUUUGUUGGACUCACACAGCAGGUAAUUAAGCUGACUGAACAGGACCUCAAGUUGCAGGAUGAAAUCCUUGGACAGUAUUGACUCAAUCUUGUCCCCCAAGGUUCAGGACCCAUCAGCCAAACAAAUCCCAUCAACCCUGAUGAUGUGUACUUUAGAGAGCCAAGGGGUGAAUAGCAUUACAACAAGUAUACUAUCAAGGGUGAAACAGAUCACCAGCCCAGGCUGGAUGCAUGAGACAAGUGCUCAGGGCUGGUGCACUGGGAAGACCCAGAUGGAUGGGAUGGGGAGGGAGGCGGAAGGGGGGAUCGGGAUGGGGAACACAUGUAAAUCCAUGGCUGAUUCAUGUCAGUGUAUGGCAAAAACCACUACAAUAUUGUAAAGUAAUUAGCCUCCAACUAAUAAAAAUAAAUGAAACAAACAAACAAACAAAGCCAAGUGGCUUUCUCCUUAAGUCUCUGUGCUGACCUUUCCUCUUGGCCCCAGGCAUUUAUCCAGGUACACAGGGUAUAUUAGGAUUGCAGGUUCCACUUUCUCCUGCAAGGAGGAAGCCUAGGGAGGUUUUAUCAUCUGUAACAGCCCCAGCCCGCAAGCUGAGGCUGCCCUAAACACCUUCCAGAGCUGAGGUGGUGGCAUUGACCACUUCAGCUGAAAUCGAGGACAAGUUUUCACAUCACCUUUUUUAACUGGAUGAUUCCCAUUGGAGGGAAAAGUGCCCUGAGGGUCCACAUACAUAGUGAGUCUGAGAAAACGACGGUAGCCUCAUUUUGAAGAGAUCUCAGCAAUUGUCAGGGGCUUCCCAGGCGGCACUACUGGUAAAGACCCUGCCUGCCAAUGCAGGAGACUUAAGAGGCAUGGGUUCAAUCCCUGGGUCGGAGAGAUUCCCUGGAGGAAGGCAGGGCAACCCACUCCAGUAUUCUUGCCUGGAGAAUCCCAUGGACAGGGGAGAUUUGUGGGCUACGGUUCAUAGUCUCACAACAAGUCGAACACAACUGAAACAACUUGGCAUGCACACACACACAGCAGUUGUCAGGGCUACAGGAGCCGCCGGUGGUUAAGCACUCAAAGGUCUCUUGUGACAACCCCAAGGUACUAGUCACGUGUGGGCCUGACAGGAUGGAGACAGGUGUCUGUAUCCAACAGAGCCACGAGCCAUGAAACAGAGCCCUAACUCCUUCCCUUCUCUGAGUUUCCCCAACAUACUUGAAGAGAUGUGCAUGGCCUUUGAUUUCUCUGGGGAAAAUAAAGAUCUCUGCCCCCUGCCCCAAGAAUCUUACUCCUUAAAGGAGCUGCAAUUGAGGACAUAGGGGGAUGGGAGAAUCAGUAUCAUCUCAUUGAUUUACUCCUGGUUUACUGAUUUCCUAUGGUGGCGAGCUUGGUGCUUCACUGACAUUAUUUUUGUAGACUUUUUAAUUCUAUCCUGUGCUUUCGGAUUGAUUCUUGGAUGAAAGACUCAAGUAACAUACACUGAUAGUCAAGUGCAUAAUUUAUACCAAUUUUAGGUAUUUAAUAUGUAAGAGACACAAAGGACCUGAAGCAGUGUAGGUAGACAAACAAAAUAAAUUAACAAAAUGAGCCUUAGUAUGUCAGAUUACAACAGAUAACAGUAAAAACUGGAAAAACUGUGCCUGCUUUUCUUUCCCCCACU